AUGGAAGAAACUCCACAGGACGGGGAAAACUAUGACUAUUUGUUUAAGAUAGUGCUGAUUGGAGAUUCCUGGGUCGGCAAAUCAAAUCUGCUGCUAAGAUACACUAAAAAUCAAUUCAAGCUGAAUUAUCAGUCGACGAUUGGGGUAGAGUUUGCCACUACUAAUAUAAAAAUAGAGGACUGCUAUGUCAAGGCACAAAUUUGGGAUACUGCUGGUCAGGAGAGAUAUAGAGCUAUCACUAAUGCAUACUAUAGAAACGCAGUAGGUGCUUUGAUCGUCUAUGACAUUUCAAAGCAAAACUCUUUUGAGAAUGUUUAAAAGUGGCAUUAGGAACUGAGAGAUCAUGCAGACCCAAAUAUAGCAGUCAUGUUGAUUGGAAAUAAAGCUGAUUUAAAACACAUGAGAGCUGUCAAGUUUGAAGAUGCUUAAAAUUUUGCGCAGAACAAUUGUAUUUUAGUCAUUAUUCUAACAGUAUUAUAGCAAUAGACAGCUUUUAUGGGUUUAAUUAAUGAGAUUCAUCGUUUGACAAUGGCAGGUAAAUUUGACUAUGGAUUUAUGGGAGGGGGGUUAUCUAACAACCAAUCGACGGAUUAGUAGGAUGACGAUAACUAGUCUAGGAGAGGCACCUAGAAAAACCAAAGAAGAGGCAAGCGUCGUUAAACUAACAAAAAUCAAAACAUAAAAUUAGAACCCUAGCCAGGUCUCACAGAUCCUAAAAGUAAAGACAUCAAUAAUAUAUCUGGCUGCUGCGGAGGCUAAACUUAAUGA